AUGGUCCACUUCUUGUCGGUCACAGCCGGCAAUUGUCUCUCAGAUCAGUCCGAUGAACCGCUGGCUCCUCCUCUUCCGCCAUACAAGGAAGGAAAGCUAUGUCCGGAACUCUGGGCUUGCGAAGAUCCCAACCUCGACUUUCCUACAGUGGAGUGCCUUCUCGCUGACGUCAAAACGUGUGGAAUCAUUGGCGCAAACGGGGCUCCGACUAUUAUGUACUCCUUUGGCGUGACAGAUGGCAACAUUGCAAAAUUUCAUGACCCUAUCGUCCCAGAGGGCAACAUCUAUCGCGAUAUGCUGGACGGUCCCUAUUGGACACAGGCGAUAACACACACAAAUCUGAAAGACAAGACGAAACACGACCCAUUCAAGCUGGGCGUACCGGCAAGGGUGGAUGUUCUCAUUGCGAGGUCUGCGGAAGCGUACGCUGCCAGUGCGAGCGGCGAGGUUCUCGUCUUCAUCGGCCAGCAGAAGGGCACAGUGGAGGGUGACACAAUGCUCGGGAUCUUCCAAAAGCCCUUCGUCGACCCAAAAAAUCCAAACCCCGACCCCAGUAUGUUGCAAACUUAUGAAAUUCCGAUUUUGCAACGCAACCCUACCGUCACGCGGAUCGUCAGCAUCGACGUCUCCAACAACUUCCAGAGAGACGUUGACUGGGAGAACGGGCAAUCGCCGCCAGGUCUGGAUAACCCUCUCCUACCUUUAGGUGAAGCAGAUAACAUACCCGUCCCACCUGUUCCUGCCGGAAUGCGGAAAUCCCGGAGAGACGGAAACAGCACCGAGGACGGCGCCGAUCCUCCAACCCUCUGUCCUAUCGCAGUUGCCGACGCAGUUGCGACUCCGAGCUCAAUAUCUCCGUCUCCAACUUCCAAACCAUCAUGCGUUCUCCAUGAGCAAGAUCCUGACCAAGGCAUUACGCAAGCAUUCUGUCUCUGCGACAGCACUGCGACUCUCUCGCGACUCUCCGCGGCGUCUACAGGCGGCCCGAGCGACAGCUGUGCAUACACCACCAUCCCAGCCACAGCGAAAGAAGCAGUGACAACGUUCACGUCCACGUACACUAAGAACUGCCAGGGCUGCACUCAAGUUGGAUUCAACGCCCCUAGCUGCACAACUGUUCCUCAGUGUACCCCUACUAGUGCAGAGGUUACUGUUCAAGCAGGAAGCUCCCCUGUCCACGUUGGGACCCUCACCGGCACGGCUCUCCAUACUUCUGUUUCCAGUGCACUGGAAAAGCUGUGCCCAUCGGUGACUCAAGCCAUGAGUUCCACCGCCUGCGAGACAGGCAGCGUAACGAUUCCGAACACCGAUUUUGUCAGCGACGAAAGUCUCGACAGCGAUGGCGAGCUGGUGAUCAAGGCAGCAGCAAGUUCGUACAACUCGACCGCGCUCCGCGAUGCAAUGAUCAAAUCUGCACAGAAGGGCUCCAAACAACCUAGUUCCUGCUACAAUCAGAGUUAUACUGUCAUGGGGCGCCAAGACCCCAUGCCAAGAACAUGUAUAUAG